AUGCUGGCCAGCUCACCGUCCCAGGAGCAGGGGCUUGGCUCUGAUCCAAGCAAUUCAUACUUACCUGGCAGGGAAGCCCCUGACUGCAGUCCGCAGAUCGGGGCGGAGCUCAACGUGGGCGGAGUCAAACGUUUGACUCCGCCCACGUUGAGCUCCGCCGAGCGGGAGCUAGGCAUUGAAGACUGUGCGUAUGACAGAGAAGGAGAAGAAGCAGAGGAGAAGAAGAGCGAAGUAGCUGGCAGAAUGGAGGUACUACACAUUGCUCACAGCCUGUCUCCUGGCCCCUGGAGGGAGCUUGGCGUGAAUGAUGUUCAGGGCCUAACAAAGCAAGGGUGCUCCAACAACUGUGGCGUGUUUGUUUUGAUGUACACGCUGUACAUUGUAAUGGGGGCCAAUUGUGACUUCAGAGAGGAAAACAUGCUGCAAAUUAGGAGAUGGUGGUGUCUUGUCCUCCUACAGAACUUCCCCAUGCCGUCUAAGGAAACCAGAUUGCAGGAAAGAAAAAGACGGAGAAAGCAAAAAGGAAAACAGGAUCUGGAAGUGGUCCCUCCAAAAAGUAUUCGGCUUUCAGAAUCUGUCUCUGAAGCAUCAGCAAAGGCUGAGAGCUUGCCGGAAGUGGGAACUGGGAACGGAGAGGAUUCCCUGCUUAUGGACACCUUAACGGCAGCAAGGUGGUGUGGCACAAGAUCCUUCAAGGGAAAACUUUACCUUCCCCAGGUCAUCACCAUGAACAAGGAAGAUUCCUUGAGGGCAGUGGAAAUGCUGUGCAUGUGUGAUGGCCUGGAUGAAGAGUAUAAAGAAGACCUCAGUGAACCGUUCAUGUUCAUGUUUAGUUUGCAGGCAGACUAUGAGGAGUUCUGCAAGGAAAUGAUGGACAAAAGGCAGCUGCAGGACAGCGAUUUCUUGGGGUCAUACAAGUUCCCCAGGCUCCUCGAGUUUGUUAAAACCGCGGCUCGGGACCCCCUGGACGCUCCGGAGGACCCUCUCCCUGACUACUCGUCAGACGAGGAGGACGCAGGAACAUAUUUGAUCUAUUCUUGUGAGAGUGACCUGUGGAUACUGCAGUCCACAUCAGAGGAAGAGAGGAACCUGCCACAAAGAGACCAGACUCAUCCCAAGAAAGAAACCUGA